AUGAAAUUCAUUGCAUGCGAUUACAACAUUGUUUCCAGGAAUAUCGACCUGAGAAUACUGAAUUGGAUUUAUGUUCUUGCUGGACUAAUUGGUAUGUAUUGUCUGCCGAGAAAUUACGGUGGUGUGAUCGCAAAAACUCUCUAUUGCGUCAGCAUUGUCAUUGGCAUUGCGACAGCUAUUUUCUAUGGAUUCACAACUUAUAGGGUAGUUGAAGCAUACAAAGCGGUUAAACAACUGAACAAUACACAAGCAAUGUAUGCACUUUAUGGGGGUGACGCGUCGACCUAUGUUGGGAAGAUUGUGAUCAGUGCUAUCAUGAUAGCGAUUCCGGCGUUAGCUGCUCUCAUCUCAAUGAUCGCUGCAGUUUUACUCGAUUCGAUAGUCUGCAUCACACAACCGAUGUGGUCUGUUCAAUCGGAGCAACAGGAAAGAAUUGUUCGUAGUAGUCGAUUGCAGCUGAAUUCACUUUCAACGGUCAAACUUCUGCUGGCAUUGGGAACUCUCGGAUUGGCGUUCGGUGGUGUUGGUAAUUAUAUUCGAGUUGCAACUGCGGAAAUAAGUGCGAUGCUAGCGGUGGCAAGUGCAGUUGUUGAUGUAUAUUCGGUGGCAUCCAAACAACAAGCUACGCUUAAUUCCAAGGUUGCGGUCGCUCUUUCAAUAAUAGCAGCAGUUUGGUGCUUGAAAGCAGUGGAUGUUGGUAUGAACCCAUUUUAUUACAACGAUCUGAAGUUUUUCAAGGUGACUGGUCAAGACAAAGAUCAACUUCUCACACCAAGUUCUGGUCCACACUAUAUAAUAGCCGUGUCUGAAGGGGUAUUACUUGGUUGCUUUUGCCUGUUAUACCUUCUCUGUGUUCUUACUGCAAUUCAAGCAUCACGCUGUGUGUUAUCUAAUUAUGUGUCAAUGAAUAUGAAAGUUAGCCAGGGACUUAUUAUGCAGAGCAGGUGUUUCGGAUUACUGCAUGUUUUCUGGGCUGUAUGCUUAAUGACUCUCGUUGUUCUUGGUCUUCUUGAUCUUCCCUGGAACGGUGCAUAUAUAGGUGGCGAUUUGCUGUGGAUGGCUGUGCUCUUCUUCAGUACGGGUGCUCUUGGAUCAACGAAUCUCAACGUGAUGGCAACAACGCGUUUCGUUCUAUCGGUUGUGAGUUUAGCGGUUGCGGUGGAAAAGAUGUGCGUUAGCAUAAACGACGUCUAUCAAGCAGCCACUUACCCUUCUUAUGCUAACGGUGCCCAACAAAUAUACGUUGGCCAAAUCGUUCUAUAUGCUGUUCAACUUGGGAUUCUUACCGCUGAAGCGAUUACUUCGUUGGCCACUUCAAUCAUCUUCGGCCGAAUAAUAGCGCUCCAAUAUUCGCAAAACGCUAAGAAUUCAUCUGUGAUAAGCUCGCUAUUUUCAUUCGGUGUUCUUUUCUACGGUAUUAUUUUUAUUGGUGUUUACGUGCUGUUUGAACUCGGUAAAUGGCGUUAUUCGGAGGUUCCAGCUGGCAUUUACUUUUAUAGACUUGGUAAUGGCCCUGUUGCAAUUGCUGUUUUUAUCGUACAGGGGUCGUUGGGAAGUGAAACACUGGAAGUGGGGAAUAGUGAAGAGACAGAAACCCGAAAAUGGGCGAUGAUGCGAAAACAUUUUAAAAUCGCUACAGUAUAUGCUAGGCAAUUUUGGCGGAAUCUAUCUUCGAAUUCUCAACUAAUGCAGAUGGUUGACGGAUGUGCUAAAAGUAAUCAUUUGUUGCAGUUAUGUUGCCUUUGCUUCCGUCGACUUCUUCUUGCUGCAGCCAUUCUUCAGACAAUCGUCGGAGCGCUGGCACUUUUUGCUAUCAGUUACGCCAUGACGAAUACCUAUUAUUUGGCAACAAUGUUCUCGUCAUCGUAUGCAGGAUAUCAGGGGCCCUAUCACGAAACGAUUCUAAUUGUUUCGAUCAUUCUGAGUGGUGCUUGUACAAUUGCAUGUGCACUUUGUACAUUCUGUGCUGUAAUCGCCUGCUUGAGAGCAACAAAUAUACUGCAUCAUCGAGCAACGGGUAGUAGUUUAGCGUUGGUAGCGCCGGUUGAUGAUACUUACGACGUGCAACGGACAUACGCUACAGCAAGUACUAUUCCUCGACAACAACCAUUAAUGCAGCUGAUGGAAGAGCAGUCCGUGUAUUGGUCAACAGAUGAGAAUCCGUAUUUUUAUCAAACAUCGAAGCGCAGCACUACUGUAGUGCAUAUUAAGUUGUCCAUGAAUUUUUACGCUCUGAAUCACGAGAAAAGAAACACGAAUAAAAUGCAAAACAGUUCCAGAUUUCACGGUUAUGCGUUAGCACAUCCACAUCUGAACGAUUCUGGGAAUGCUGCAGUCGAAAAUUAUCGCCAACGGCAUUUGAACUCAAGUUCUGCACAAACAAGAAUCGGACAUGUAUUUGAUUGA